CACGGAGCAUUUUUUUUCGUCAGCUGCUCGCAGCUGAGUGAGUCGCAGCUGCCCCGUCCGCUCCUCAGAUUCACUGUUAGCUCAAUUUGCAUCGCAAAAAAAACCAAAAACGCCGCUUUACGCGACGGCUACAUGGCCGCUCUUCUCGCUGUUUCGCCCCCUCCCACCGGCCGCCGUCGAGUGAACUUCGCCUGACGGGGACGUCAAGCGGCGCAGAGUGGAGUGUUCGUCGCUCCGUCGCCGACAGUUUGAGGACGACAACAGAGCAGAAACAACCGGAGCUAACGUUGGCGGACGAGCUAAUGCUAGCUUGCCAACGCAAUGGCAGACAGAUGUGUCCGAGAUGAUGUAAGGCACCUCUGCCUGUAUUGACCAAGAUGGCUGAAGUCCAGGCCACAGUGGAGUUCUCUGUGGAGCUCCACAAGUUCUACAAUGUGGACCUGUUCCAAAGAGGGUUCUACCAGAUGCGCGCCAGUCUUAAGGUGCCUCCUCGUGUUCCACACAAAGUUGAGACCAGUCUCCUUCAUCCAGGAGGCUCUGAUUUGGCGUUUCCUGCUUCAGCCCAGGAUGAUUUCAUCAGCAGCAAAACUUUCCAAAUCUUGUAUAAGAACGAAGAGAUCGUGGUCAACGACGUUCUGCUCUUCAAAGUGAUGAUGCUUCUGGAUGAGAAGAAGGUGGAAGAGUCUCUCAACGAGAUGGAUUUUCAGCUCUUCCUGGAUUUGUAUUUCACAGAUGGCGAUUACACACCAGAAGACCCAAGCUCUCUGCAGAACAUCAGCGGCCGCAUACUUCACUUGCACUUUAGCCUCCAGCGGGGCAUCCACCAACACAUCAACGUCAUGUUUGACUACUUCCAUCUGUCCGUCAUCUCUGUGGCCAUCCACGCCUCCCUCGUGGCACUACAUCAACCCCUAAUCAGUUUUCCUCGACCUGUGAAAUCCACAUGGCUGAACCGAAACGCUCCGCAGCAGAGCAAAGAUUCAAUCAUCCCGCCUCUAGAGAGUGUCGUGUUUGGCAGCAGCUACGUGAAGCAGGUGUCGCCAGAUGGGAGAACAUUCCUGGUAUCAGACAACUGUCUUCAACAUGCCUUCAGCAUGCACCACAACCUUUGCUCCACUCUCCUAAUAGCCUACCGGGGCCUCUUUGAUUACUUUACCUCCAUAACCAAGGACCUGCCCUCCUCCCAUCGUAUGGAACUAGCCAAGCCCAGCAUGCAGGCCCUAUAUGAGCGAGUACUCAGAAGACCGUAUCCCCGAGGGCAAAGGCACGUCUACAUAGAACAACUUGACUUAGAGGCCCGUCUGGCUGAGCUGUGUGAACAAGUAAAGCUGAAGGCAGAGUCGCCCGAUGAGCUUGCAGAACUUGUUAAUAUGAACCUGGCGCAGCUCUGCUCUCUGCUCAUGGCUCUCUGGGGACAGUUCCUGGAAGUCGUGACGCUGCAGGAGCACGUUGCUGCCCUGCUGGCGGUGGAGCACCACACACUAAGAGUGAGACGGUUUGCUGAGGCUUUCUUUUGUCUUGAGCAUCCAAGGCAGUCUGCUCUGGCAUAUCAGGAGCUACAUGCUCACAGCCACCAGCAGAUGACCAACGCCAUCAAAAGCUCCAGCUACUUCUUGUGUUUGCCUCCACUACCGGUGGAAUGUGCAGAACUCGACGGGGACGUGAGCUCCUUGCCAGUCAUCUUUGAGGAUCGAUACCUUGAAUCUAUCACUGAAGAUCGUGACGGACCCUGGCUAGGCAUGCACAAUACAAGAACCGCCUCAGUUUCCAGUAAGACCGACAAGUUAAACGCGAAGGACUGCAGCGCGUCCGCCAGCGCAAUACCCGAGUCUCGGAGUGCGCUCCUGGAUAACACCUGGCCAGAAAACUUCGAUCCACCCCCUAAGACCAAAGGGAAGUCCGUAAAACUGAAGAAAAACUCAAAGGCCGAGAACUCCAAGAAGCUGACCAGACAGGGUUCCAAGGACUCCGUGGUUUUAGUGGGUUAUAAGAACCUUAAAGCCCCCCAUAGCAAUAUUAGCACAAAGUACAAAGAAGAGGAGGGUUCUGUUAACCAAGAUGAGGAGCAAGACGCCUCGCGGCUCGACUCGAGUAGCUAUUCACGGACUAAUGCAAGUUCUGUUUUUGACUCUAGUGGGACUUCAAAAAUGUCUGGUAACAGUGCUGACGACUCUGUCACAGGCUACAGUGUAACUGCUGCUGCUUGUAAUAAAGCUGUUUUUACAAAUCUUUGUGCUUUGGACUCAAGGAGCAGCCCUCAGGCUGGUACUGGGGCUGUUAUCACAGGUCAACAAGUUCCUAAAGGUGUUCCCGCAGACCCCGUCGGCCAAAACCGCCCGCAGUGGUCUUCCAGCUCAACGGAAAACGAGUCAAAACCAAGUAACAAGGACACCAUCCAAGGCGAUAAAGUAAACGUCCUUCUGCCAAGUCAGACGGGUACAAGUUAUAGCAGCGAUAUCCCCAAGAUCACCCAGACGGACCUUUGUGACGGCCAGCGGUCUGCAGCGGAACCGGGCAAAGCCGCGGCGCCGCGCGGUCAGCCCUGCCUCGUCUCGGUGCAGGUGAAGAGCGACUCCAUCAGGUUCCAAGACGUAGGGGCCCCCGCCGCCUCUUCUCGCCUCUCGGACUCCGGCAUCGAGAGCGAGCCCAGCUCCUUCGCCACUCAGCUGGUCCUAGGACCACAGGCGGGGCCGGGCUCCGCCGAGUCGGCUCUCGCCGCCUCCCACGCGGAGAAGACCGCCGUCCCGUGUCCCGCUCCGCCGCCUGUCCCGCAGAGCACAGCGCAAAAGCCCGGCGGCACGGGAGACGUUCUGUGCCCGGAGAGUACGAGCGCCGUGAGCGGAGUCCAGUCGUCGCUUACUUCCAUCAACUCCCUGCCCUCGGACGACGAGGGCGAAGGUUCCUCUAAGAGCUCCGGCGGGGCCGAAGCCCGAGGCAGAAAGUCCAGCGUCUUGGUGCAAGAGCAGAGCGUCGUUUUCUCCGGAGAUGUUACUAAAAGAUUCGACGUGGCCUGCAUCCCUGACGUCGGCGCCGGCGACCUCCAGCCUGGCAGAAACGCGUCGGACCAGGAGACGGACUUCAGAGCCGCGGGGAGUUCAGACGUGGCGGCGGAGGAAGCCGGCGGGUCGGGGACGUCUAAGGAGCCCCGCAGCGAGGCCCACACGGCCUGCCCCUCCAGCAACUCCGCCACCAGCAGCACCGAUCUGGUAAAGCGCGGCAUGGUGGAGAAUUACUUCGGCUCGUGCUCCAGCACCGACGUGUCCGAGAUCAGCCCCGUGGAAACGUCCGCCAUCACCCUGGGGAUCCAGGCGGAAGCCCGGGGCGAGGAGGACGAGGACGAGCCGGAGCACGAGAUGAUCGAGAACGGCUACUACGAGGAAGGCGACGGCUACGACUUUGUGAACGGCGUCGAGGACGACGAUCAAACGGCGCCUGGGGUCGUUGCUCCUCAGGAGACUCGCCUCCUGUUUGAGCAGCUCGGCGCUGGUCUUCUCCACGAAACUAAGGAUUCAUCCAAAGCCCCUUUAUGCUCCAACCCAGCUGCCAGCAGGAUUAGGUAUAGUUUAAGCAAAUCUCCCUAUUCCUCCAGCUCCUUAUCAUCCAGCCUGCACUGGUAUGAAUGCGCGCCCACGCCACAGAUGAAAGCGUUCAUCAAGGCCAAAGAAGACAUGAAGCAGCUAAAGCUUCCCGGUUUCUUGUACAGCGAGGUCCCUCAGCUGGCAUCCACCGUUCCCUACUUCAGCUUGGAGGAGGAGGAGAGCUGCGAGGAAGGCAUCCAUCUCAUCGUGUGCGUCCAUGGCCUGGACGGUAACAGUGCAGACUUGAGGCUGGUGAAGACUUACCUGGAGCUUGGACUGCCUGGUGCUCGUAUAGACUUCCUAAUGUCGGAAAGGAAUCAGAAUGACACGUUUGCUGACUUUGAAUCAAUGACGGACCGCCUGCUGGAUGAAAUCGUUCAGUACAUUCAGAUUUACAGCCUCACCGUGUCAAAGAUAAGCUUUGUGGGACAUUCUUUGGGGAACCUCAUAGUUCGUUCAGUGUUAACCAGGCCCAGGUUUAAAUGCUACCUGAGCAAGCUGCACACGUUUCUGUCCCUGUCUGGACCUCACCUGGGCACGCUGUACAACAGCUCCGCUCUGGUCAACACAGGCCUCUGGUUCAUGCAGAAGUGGAAGAAAUCAGGAUCACUCUUGCAGCUGACGUGCCGUGAUCACUCUGACCCUCGGCAAACAUUUCUGUACAAACUCAGCAAAAAAUCCGGUCUGCAGUACUUUAGGAACGUGGUGCUGGUGGGGUCGCUGCAGGAUCGCUACGUUCCCUAUCAUUCAGCCCGAAUAGAGAUGUGCAAGACAGCAUUAAAAGAUAAACAAACAGGGCCCAUGUAUGCUGAGAUGAUCGAGAACCUGCUGCUGCCAGUCCUUCAGAACAAAGACUGUAAUUUGGUCAGGUAUGACGUGAUUCACGCCCUGCCCAACACAGCCAACUCGCUUAUCGGCCGGGCGGCACACAUCGCCGUCCUGGAUUCUGAGAUCUUUCUGGAGAAGUUCUUCCUGGUCGCCGGCCUCAAAUACUUUCAGUAGAACUGCAUCUGAAUCAAAACACUUGGCUGGACAAAAGGAAUGUGGUGCUGAUACCUCACUGCAACUACUUUUUAUUUUCUUUCUGGUAGUGGGAUUUAGAUUAUCUCCUUUUAAAAUGCACCUAAUUACCUUUCAAGCACAUUUCAGGAAAAAAAAAAUCAUGUUUUUUUUAUGUUUAUACUGGAAUCAGUAGAUGUGGAGUUUACCAUUUUUAUUUUUAUACCAUAAUUUUUUUUUUUUUUUUACUUUUUUUUGUGUUAAAUAAAUAAUUUCUUUCAUCAAGUUAUAUUUUAGUGUUAUUUAUGUGCUACGUUUUUAAUUUUAACAUUUAAUUAUUUUAAUUUUUUUCUUCGAGUUGAGAUAUUCUAAGAGCUGAACUGGAAAUGUAGCUGCUACAAAAUAAAAAUGGCUGUGGUUGGUGAGCUGUCCCAAGUCAAUUCUGCACAUACUGUUCCAAGCAUCGCAAAUGUUUUUUUCCACCGAUUUUAAGAGACAUUGCAUUUUUUGCACCUCAAGUACAUUUUACAAGCUUUUUUACUAAAAGUGUCAUUUGUAAAACGGUUACUUUUCUAUCAACAAAUCCCCUCUCACUGUUAAAGGCAAAGGUUGCGUUUUGAAAUAGGAUUGUCGCUGGGAUUUGUGCAGCUUCGGCUUUUUCCUGGACACUUCACACUGUGGAGUCCUCCGCACACGGACCCCGCCUGGGGGUUGGGAGACGAAAGCGUUGCCUUCAACACGGAGGCGUUUCAUUAUAAGGAUUCUAAGCAACAAUCGUUCAGAAGAAAAAGCACAUAUUGAAAGCUUUUGGUUAAACAUUUGGUUAUAAUUUAUGUUUCCUGAACAGCUGUUUAUAUAUAUAUAUACCGUUGUAAUCUACCAUUAAAAUGUAUUCUGUAAAUUAGAUACCCUAACUUGUCUGUUUUUAUGUUUGUUUUUGGAGAGAGAAAAAAAGACACUUCAAAGACUUUGGUAAAUUGUAGCAAAAAAAUGGUUUGAAAUCAUGUUAACGCCUGCCAAUACAAUUUUAUCCUACAAA